GUGCGCUGAGGUGGAAGGAAGAUCUAAUGAAGAAAGCAUCCGACGCAUUCCUGCAGCGACGGCUCAACACUCCGAACCUAAGGAAGCUCGUCUACGGAGAAGCGCUGGCCGCGGAGGAGGGCAGCGAGGAUGAGGAGGAGGUCGGCGGACUGUUCCACGUUGCGACGAAGGAGGGAGGGUCGUCCCGGAGGGGCAGAGCCACGAUCAACGGCCUCGACUGCACCCGCCAGCCUGCGUCCGCCUCCGCCGCCGCCGCGCGCGACUGGGACUCGGACGCGGUGCGUACGAUGCCCGCCAGGGGGCGCCGGCGGCGUCGGAAAGUCGCGUGCGUCGCGAUGUGA